AGCACACUGGCUGCGGGAGGGGGUGGGGAGGACGGGCAGGCCGGAGGGACAAGUGUGUGUGAGGGCUUCAGACGGACGGCGGCUGGCAUUCCUCCUGGCCCCCAAACGCCGGCCGCUGGGCUCUGAGUGGCCCGGGGUGACUCCCAGGCAGGCGUGCUCCUCGGACCCUUGGCCUGCUUUGCACAAGGUGUCGGUCUGUCCAUCUCUCGUGCAGUAACUCCAUCUCAUCCCAUCAUCGUCAUCUCAUCUCAUCUGUCUUCAUCGCCUCCUGUGUCUGCCAUCCACCAGCAUGGCCAUCUCGUCUCGCCUCGCCCUGUGGGAGCAGAAGGAAAGUGGGGCUCUAGCCAGGACUAUCCGCGAGGAGGACAAGAGCCCGCCGCCGUCCUCGCCCCCGCCCCUCUUCUCCGUCAUCCCUGGCGGCUUCAUCCGCCAGCUGGUCCGGGAGACGGAGAAGGAGGCCAAGGAAGCCCGGCGGAAGCGGCAGGCAGCUCUGGCCUCCCCUGAGCAAGGGGCCCCAGAGGCUGCUGCCAGCGAGCCCGACGGCAAGCCCAGAGACCAGCCCAGCGCUGCCUGGCAGCCCGACAUCCCCAGCCAGGAGAGCGGGGGGGCCGUGCCUGCUGACCCCGUGCCCAUGGCCGCCAUCAACGGCGAGAAGCCCCCCGACCCCCCGGCCAAGAGGUCGCAGCCCUUCAGGAGGGGCGUGAGGGGGGGCGACGUGCUGCUGAUGGUGGCCAGGCUGGACCCAGACAUGGCCAAGCCAGAGCAGAGAUCCCCGCUCCGUGACGCCCCCACCUGCAAGACCUCGGCUGCGGCCACAGACCCCGGGGGCGUGCAGAGGGGGGCCCCCCUGGGGCUCCCGCGUGGCUUCCAGGCCGGCGCAGAGGACGUGGCCCCCAAGGGGGAGAAGACCCAGUCUGGGGGUGCUGGGCACCCUAGAAGUAUGGCACUGAACAUGGACAAGAAGGGUCAAGGCCCUGUGGGGCGAGAGGGCAUGCCCCCCCGGAACAAAGGACUGGGAGCAGGGGAGCCCCAAGUCAAAGAGGGGCCAGCAGAGGGGCCACGGCCAGCUGAGAAGGAGGGAGGAGGUCCCCUCAACAAAGCAGCAAAGGGGGGCAUGUCUAAGGACUCUGGGAAGGAGGCUGGCUCCCAGAGGCAGGGGAGGAAGUGGGGGCCAUCCCUGAGCAGAAGGAGCAAUUGGGGUGACACCGAGAAUCAGGGGGCCAGAGAGGCUGAGCUUCCAAGUCAGGGGGAUGGGUCAAGGGGGGCGGGCGGAGCCACAGAGACAGGGGCAGCGCUGAGAAUUGGGGAGAAGGCUGGGGGGGGCCAGAGUGUGCCUGGGAGGAUGGAGGGGUCCCAGGAUGUCCCCGAGAAGCCAAGGGACCCCCAGAGCGUGUCCAAGAAGACAGGGGGACCCCAGGAUGUCCCCGAGAAACCAGGGGAUCCCCAGAGCAUGUCCAAGAAGACAGGGGGACCCCAGGAUGUCCCUGAGAAACCAGGGGACCCCCAGAGCGUGUCCAAGAAGACAGGGGGACCCCAGGAUGUCCCUGAGAAACCAGGGGACCCCCAGAGCAUGUCCAAGAAGACAGGGGGACCCCAGGAUGUCCCCGAGAAACCAGGGGACCCCCAGAGCAUGUCCAAGAAGACAGGGGGGCCCCAGGAUGUCCCUGAGAAACCAGGGGACCCCCAGAGUGUGUCCAAGAAGACAGGGGGGCCCCAGAAGUUUCCUGAAAAUCCAGGGCUCCCCCAGAGUGUGUCCAAAAAGACAGGAGGAUCCCAGAAUGUGUCAGAGGAACCGGGGAGCCCCCAAAGUGUGUCUGGAGAGAUAGAAGGACCCCAGAAUGUGUCUGAGAAACGGAAGGGUGGUCUUAGUGUGUCCAGGGAGGCAGAGGGACCCCAGGGUGGGAUAGAAUUGGGAGGAGCACCCCAGGGUGAGUCCCAGGAGGCAGCUGAGGCUGGGUGGAGGGUACUGAAAGACAGUGGGUCCUCCAAGGUGAGGGGAGGUGGGGAGCCCCCAGCUUCAGCUGGAAGGCAGGGCCUGCCAGACGUCAGAGGGCAGGAGGCAGAGGCAUCCCGUGAGGGGGCCGACCAGGUGUUCUUGGAGCCCGAGUGUCAAGUCCAGGGGCCUGAGCUGCGGGAGGACCAGGACAGGCCCUUGGGGGGCCAGAGCAGAGACUCGAACCAGGCCCCUGAGGACAGAUGGUACGAGGCGGAGAAGGUCUGGCUGGUGCAGAAGGAUGAAUUUGCUCUUGCCACAGUACUGAAACCAGAUGAGGGGACGGCAGACUUGCCAGCGGGAAGGGUGAGACUGUGUCUGGACGCUGACAAGACCAUCAGGGAGGUGGACGAGGACCACGUUCACCGGGCCAACCCCCCCGAGCUGGACCAGGUGGAGGACUUGGCCUCCCUCAUCAGCGUCAACGAGUCCAGUGUGCUGCACACGCUCCUCUGUCGGCACCGGGCUCAGCUCCAUCACACUUGCCUGGGGCCUGACCUGAUCGUCCUCCAGCCCCAGGGGGACCCCAGCCCCGGUGCAGGCAAGGUGCCCGCCCUGGUUGGCUCCCUGGCACGGCGGGCUUACCGUGCACUGCUGAACCAGCGACGGGACCAGAGCGUGGUGGCCCUGGGCCGGAGCGGCGCGGGGAAGACGGCCUGCUGCCGGCAGGUCCUGGAGCAGCUGGUGCUUAUGGCCGGCAGUGUGGACGGCAGGGUCUCGGUGGAGAAGAUCCGGGCGGCCUUCACUGUCCUCCGGGCCUUUGGCUCCGUGACCACAGCCCACAGCCGCAGCGCCACCCGCUUCUCCAUGGUGAUGGCCCUGGACUUCAGCCCCACGGGGCGCGUCACGGCCGCACAGCCACAGACAUUCCUGCUGGAGAAGAGCCUGGGGGCCCGGCCGCCCGAGGGGGAAGGGAACUUCCAGGUGUUCUCCCAGAUGCUGGCGGGACUGGACCUGGAGCUCAGGACGGAGCUGAACCUGCAUCAGCUGGCGGACGGCAAUGCCUUUGGCAUGGGCACCUGGGCCACGCCUGAAGACAAGCAGCAGGCGGCUGAGGCCUUUGCCCGGCUCCGGGCAGCCAUGGACACGCUGGGCAUCGUGGGUAGUGAGCAGCAGGCCCUGUGGAGGGUGCUGGCGGCCAUCUACCACCUGGGUGCGGCCGGCACCUGCAAAGUGGGCCGGAAGCAGUUCAUGUAUUUCGAGGGGGCCAACCGUGCAGCCGAGGCCCUGGGCUGCGGGUAUGAGGAGCUGAACACGGCCACCUUCAAGCACCACCUGCGACAGAUCAUCCGGCAGGUGACCUCAGGGACCAGCCAGCGUCACCCGGGAGAGGAAGACACCAGUCCAGGGCUCAAGAUGACGGGCGUGGAGUGCCUGGACGGCGUGGCCUCGGGCAUGUACCAGGAGCUCUUUGCAGCCGUGGUCUCGCUCAUUAACAGGUCCUUCUCCUCCCCGCUCCUGUCCGUGGCCUCCAUCAUGGUGGUGGACUCUGCCGGCUUCCAGAACCCACGGCACCAGGGCAGGGAGCGGGCGGCCGGCUUCGAGGAGCUUUGCCGCAACUAUGCCCAUGAACGCCUGCAGCUGCUGGGCCACCAGCGCACCUUCCUCUCCCCGCUGGAGCGAGCCCGGGAGGAAGGCGUCCCCGUGCGGUUCGAAGCCCCUGAGUCACCCCCUCAGACCACGGUGGCCCUGCUGGAUCAGAGUCCCUCCCAGCUCCAGGAGAAGUGUGUGGAGGAGCUGGCUGCUGUCCGGCUGACCCUGCAAGGUGACCUGGAGACGUCCAUUCGGCGCAUAGCAGACCUGCAGGCGGCCCUGGUGGAGGCCGCGUCCAGUGACAGUGAUGACGAGAGCGUGAAGACGGCGGUGGACUAUGGUGGCAAGAAAGAGACGGACACGGCCUCCUCGUUCUGCUCCCAGGCUGAGGGGAGCCUGCAGUCCUGGCUAAGCUGUACUCUGUCGCUGCCCCCAGACGCCCUGAGGACACCCUCCCGACAGUCAGCUCUGAGCACCCACAGCCUUGGCUCCCGGCUGGAUGAGGAGGCCGGGGACGCCACGAGGACCCCAUGCUUCCUGAACCAGGCCGGAGACGUGCGGAGCAAGACAUCGGGCCUCUCCUCCCUGGGCCACCAGAAGCCCUGUCCCUCUGGGGACAGUAGGGGGCUGCGGCGAGACGGCAGAAUCCCGUCCCCCGCGGGCAGUGACAAGCUGCCCAGCCCUUCAGCUGCUCUCUCGGAGUUCGUGGAGGGGCUGCGGAGGAAGAGAGGCCAGCGGGGCGGGGGCCCGGAGCUGGGCCUGGAGGACUGGCCCACCGUCCCCAACUACCGGACCACAGGGGCCGCCUCACUGAGGAGGGCCAGGGUGGCCAGCGAGCGGGGAGCCCCCUCCCCGACAUCUGGUGGGGGCUCUCCCCUGGAACCGGUGGGUGCCGCCUCUGCCGGGAAGUCCCCCUGUCUCCUGCGGUCCAGCAGCCUGAGAUGCAUCCCUCUGGGGGGUGGGGAAAGGAGCCCCCUAUUCCCCGAAAGCCAGAAGACCCGCUUUAGCUCCUGUGACUCCCUCCUGGAGUCAACCCCGGCCACGCCUGUGGACAGGCUCCUGUCACCCACCCUGUGUCCUCGGCGGCGCUGUCUGGAGGCCUCCCUGGAGGAGGCAGGCUUCCCAGAACUGGGGAAGGAGCCGCUGGUCUUUCAGAACCGCCAGUUCGUGCACUUGACGCAGGACGGCCCGACCAGCGGCCCCUUCAGCUGGCGGCAGAGGGAGACCCGGGUGGAUCUUGACAACUUCCUCCCGGCCAUCCGGAUGCCAGGGAUGCCUGCAGACGGGCUCGACCGGCCACAGCAGCCCAGCAUCCACUUUGAGACGGAAGACGCCGACUGCAGCCUCCUGGCGGGCAUCCAGACAGCACCGAGGGAGAGCCUGGGGGCCAGGGAGGACCCCGCACACCUGUCCGACUCAUCCUCUUCCUCGUCCCCGGGCCUGUCCUUCAAGAGACCCGGAAGCAUCAGGCCCAGGAUCCCCCGGCCGGAGGGGGACGGCGGGGAGACAACAGCAGCGCCCCAGGACAGGGAGUGUGGGGCAGGGAGGAGGGACGAGGACGUGGAGAGCAUCAUGAAGAAGUACCUGCAGAAAUAGCCACCACAGGUGAGACUGGGG